AUGGCGCUCCAGAAGGAAGCAGAGCGUCGCGAUCGCAUCCUCGCUGAUCGUCGCCGAACUGCGGCCAAAUGGCGCCCCAAGAUCCCCGAAGUCCGCAAGGUCAACUUUGAGCACUUCAAGAACCGCUUCCAGGACAUUGAUGAGCCCGAUUAUGCCAUUGACGUCCUCGUGGAUGGGUCUGGUCUCCAGGGCCAGAUCCGCCGAGAGCAGGGAUACCGUCGCCGCGAGCAGGCUGCGCGCGUUCGCCAGAGCUACAUGAAUCUUCGGAACAAUGCCUCUACCCAGCAGAGACAUGAACCGGUCGAGAAGAUCAAGCGGGACAAGCGCAGCGAGUUUAUGCAGGCGCCGAGUGGUGACAUUCAGCGCGUCCGCAUCCAGUCGCAGCCUGUUCUUGGCCACCUGACCUCACUGCUCAAUGACACGGAGCAACGAUCAACUCCGCGCACUUUCAUGCGGCCCUUCAAGGCGUUGGUGUACUUCCAGCCCAAGAUGCGGGAAAUCUUGGCCACGCUGGAGGAGAAGUGGGCCGACGUCGAGGAGCUUGGCGAGGAAGUCGAGAGUGUGGACAGCGAAGAGGUUGAAGUCGUCGAGGAUGCCCCGAACUCCGAGGAAGGAAAUGAGGGAAGCGACGACGACGACACCGAGUCUCUGCAGUCGGUCGAUUCGAAUGCCGACGAGGACUUUGACGGCCUCAUGGACAGCCCUGAGGCUCUGCGGGACAUGCGAUGCUAUGUGGACUUUGUUGAUGCCGAGAUCAUGCCGCUGUAUGACCAGUUCAACGGCGGAGACGCAGAAAAGGUCAAGUUCGACGACCUGUGGUCUCUCUUUCGCGUUGGCGACCUCAUCUACAUGCCAGCCGCGGGUGAGACUGGUGGUCGAUACCACGAAGUCUGGCGCAUCUACCGCGUCGAGGCACCCGAGCCCCAGAUUGCGUAUCCCUCAUCUGGAUGGGAGUUCUUUCUGGAUGAGACCGAAAAGGUCGACAACGCCCAGUUCUCAGUCUCGGCUUACUACGUCGACCACGACGGCGCGGCCUUUGGUGCAGUGCGCCGCAAGUUCGACAUCGAGGCCUUCGUCGGCGAGCGCUCCAUCGAAUCUCUCGAAGUCUUCCCCAUCCGCUACCGCCACAAGCACACGGAGCUCCUCGAGACGCUCAAGGACCAAGGCCGCAGCUUCGGCAAGUACCUGGACGACCGCCACCAGCAGUACAAUGCCUGGACGCUGACCAGGAACCCGCCGGCGCACGGCACCGACCCCGAGAAUGAGAUUCUGGAGAACGAGGACUACCAGAAGAUGCGCCAUCCCGAGUUCGUCGAGAGUGACGUCGUCGUCGACCUCACCGAGGCGUACCAGAAGAUGCCCGACUGGCGGCCGAGGUUCCAUCAGGUGACGGUCAACAAGUCGGUCCGAUGCGAGGUUGAGGACGACGACAUGCCCAUCCAGCACUGGUUCAACGGCUCGCGCCAGUCGCUCGCCUACUCGCAGAGCGAGAUCGUGCAAAAGGCCGACGGCGUCGAGCUGCGCCAGCGCCGCGAGAACCUCAGCGUCGACUCGUUCCUGCGCGCGCGCGUCCAGGGCUCGCGCAACUUCGAGACGAACCCCAAGGCGCUGGACCUGCGCGACGAGGACCUCGUGCUGCUCCCCAAGCGCAUGUUCGCCUACGCCCUGCGCGAGCGCCGCUUCCUGCCCAUCGACCUGAACCUGCUCAAGCCGGUGCGCCGCGAGCCCGGCGUGUUCGAGAACCUGCGCAUCCAGGCCGAGUACAAGGACGUGGUGCGCGGGCUGGUGACGUCGCAUUUCCAGAAGAAGAUUCUGGAGCGCCGCUAUGCCGACACGGCGACCGAAGGUCCCGGCCAGGAUCUGAUCCAGGGCAAGGGACGUGGGUUGGUCGUGCUGCUUCACGGCGUGCCCGGUGUGGGAAAGACGGCCACCGCUGAGGCUGUCGCCAUGGAGAACCACAAGCCGCUGUUUGUCAUUACUUGCGGUGAUCUUGGGUUGACGCCCCGCGAUGUCGAGUCGUCGCUGAAGAACGUGUUCCGCCUGGCCCAUCUGUGGGACUGCGUUCUGUUGCUGGACGAGGCCGAUGUCUUCCUCUCGCAGCGUUCCAAGCUCGACAUGAAGAGGAAUGCGCUGGUUUCCGUCUUCCUCCGAGUUCUCGAGUACUACAACGGUCUUCUGUUCCUCACCACCAACCGCGUGGGUACCAUCGACGAGGCGUUCAAGUCUCGUAUCCACCUGUCUCUCUACUACCCUCCCCUCGACAAGACCCAGACUCGCGACAUCUUCCGCCUCAACAUUGCGAAGCUCAAGGAGAUUGAGCAGGAGCGCCACAAGAUGACGGGCGAGCCCGCCAUCGUCAUCAAGGAGAACGAGGUGAUUGACUUUGCCACCAAGCACUACGAGGAACUGGCCCGGUCCACCGGCUGCUGGAACGGCCGACAGAUCCGAAGCGCCUUCCAGAUCACGUCCAGCCUCGCGGUGCACAACUACGCCACGCAGGCCGAGCUGGCUCGAAGCCGUGGCCAGCUACCGCCUGCGGCUCCGGUCUUGGAUCGCGCUUUGUUUGAGAAGGUGCAGAUGUCGACGCAGAGCUUUGAUCGACACAUGAAGAAGGAGUCGAACAACUUUGACGGCGAGCUGCCGCUUCGGAGCACCUUCCAUCACGAUUUUGAUUAA